AUGUCAAACCAUCAGUUUGAUAACAAAGAGAACUUGAUUCCGCUAUCUCAUCAGCUGAAUCAACAACAUCAACAACAGCAACAGUUUGCUUGUUUCUCAAAUUGGUCACAUAUUGGUGAUCCAAUACAUGAUGUACCAUUGCCAACAUAUAGAAAUGAUUGCUCCGUCGCAUCAUACUUACAAGAGCCUCAUGUAUUGACUACAACACUCGAAGCUCUUUGUAGUAGUGGUAGUUCAAACAACUCAUCGACAAUGACAACAAGCUCACAGGCAUCAUCAACAGUAUUCCAUGAUAUUAAUGUAUUGUUACAACAGACUGAUGUCAGCUUCUUAAAGUUACAGAAUGAUAUAUCCAACAGAGUGGCCUUCUCGCCGGCCUCGCCCGUGCUCACAUCAUUGACCAACCAUCUACCAAGCCUCAACGCUACCAAGAUGAACAUACACCCGGGCUUUAUCAACGCCAACGCCAACAACAACACAAUCAACAACAACAACAAUAACAACAACAAUCACAUGGUACAGCAGCAACCACCUCAGUCACCUUAUCAUAAUGCUAGGACUGCUUUCGCGCCAUUGCCGACUACUCCACCAACGUCUGUGGCCACCGCCGCCAUCCCAUCGAUGCGCCCACACGCCCCCUACGUUGGCAAUGCAAGAAUCACUCAACAGACUGUCUUGUCACAUGCUGGCGACAAGAUGCUCACCAUCCCCUACGACCCUUCAAGUACAUACGUUCACUCGGACAACUCAUAUAUCAAUUCAGCCUUUGUUGAUGCCAAUGGCGUGCCACAGGCACAGGCACAGACACCUCAGAAGAAGAAGACAACGACAAAGACACGCGAGCGCAAGACAACAACCACAAAGAAGAAGGCUACGGCAUCAAGGGAUGUGCCCGCCACGUCGGUCACGGCGACGACCGAGGUCACAAUGUUACAGAGCCAGCCAAGCGCACUGGACCAACAUCUGGAGAACCAGCUGACAACCAUCCUGGCGCAGCAGAAGCAGCAGCAACAACAACAGCACACACCGAUCGAGAGGCUCGACAUUCAAUUGCAACACAUCUUUGACAAUGUCGCACAGGACAAGGAGCAUGGCGAGAUCGACGGCGCAUUCAUUGGUAACCUGCGCAAUGACCUCGCCGUACUGUGCCAGACGUCCGUCAUGCAGCUGCAGGACCUGAUAUCGUUGGAGCGCUAUGCCAACCUCUUCCAGAACCUACUCAAGUUCAUGAAAGAGGCCAACAACGUCCAUUCGCUCUCCUAUCGCGAGGAUUCCAACGAUAAGGAAGUUCAAGAGUUCCACAAACUCGAGCUGUCCUUUGAGAGCGCCAUCCUCAUUCUUCAAAUAUUGAACAUCCCCAUUGUUGGCACUUCACUGGCUGAGUUGAUCGAUGAUGAAAUCGUUGAGUUUGCAUCGAUCAUCAAGUCACAGUACACUGAGAACAUCUUGGGCCAUCUGGACCCUUCAUUCAAGUCAAGACAGCCAAUCACAUCAAUAGCCAAGUCAUCGGGAAAUGAUGAUGCAAAAUCAAAGGGCAAGGGCAAGGGCAAGGGAGUUGCCAAAGGCAAGACCGCCAAGUCAAAGGAUGAUGAGAGCGAAGAAGAUGAUGAUGAGGACGACAGCGAGGACAGCGAGGACAGCGAGGAUGACGAUGAAGAGGAUGAGGAUGAUGAGGAUGCCUCACAAGACAAGCCAAAGAGCACAAAGAAGAAGCAAAAAGUGUCUUCCAAGUCUGCCAAGGCAUCGGUCAGGGCCACCAAGCCCAAGUCCAAAAAGAAUGGACACAACUACUUCCAACUCUUAUGUAACAAGGUCACAGAGAUAUUUGAUGGCGUGGCCAAGUUCACAUUGUCAAGCUACCAGGCACAGGACCCAUACCCUACUAUUAUGGUCGAUUGUGCAUUGCCAUGUUUCUUCAUCACUGGCAUCAACUUUAUUCAACUCAGUGCAGUUGAGCUACUGCGCACACUAUUCUACAAAUAUCCACAGCAUCGCGAGUCCAUCUUUGAGCAAGUCCUAUCGAGGAUUCCCAAGACCAUUGCUCUCAAGAAGAGUUUGAGGACCUACAAACUCAAGGAUGGACGCUCAAUUCAGAACAUCACUGCAUUGCUACUUCAGUUCAUCCAGAGCUCACCACAACGACCCGACUUGAACAGCAACAACAACAGCGAUGAGAAGAAGCCCAUGAAGAUGUGCCACGACUACUCAUCCAUGAUUAUCUUGUACUUUAUUGACAAAUGCUCAGUCAAGACAGACGACUGCGAGUAUAGGACGAUAUUGGAGAACUUGGUGACAGACUUGUUGGUUCUGAUCAAUCAUCCAGAGUGGCCCGCUGCGAAUAUGUUCUUGCAUUUGUUGAGUGUGUCGCUGUGCAGGGUGCUCUCGGACAAGGUCAAGUUCAGUGAUAUGCUCAAGAUGAUGGUGAUCGAUCUGAUGGGCGUGAUCAUAUCAAAGCUCAAACACGAGUGCAUGCUGUCUAGCGAGGAGGUCAAGUUGUUGCCACUUCCAUUCGGCGAGUUCAGCACGGCCACUGCCUUGCCACCUGCGCCCACCUCGCCACAGGCAGGAGUAGCACAGACUGCCACGACGAUCAUCAACGAGGAGUCUGAAGAGCUGGAGCGAAAGCAUGCCUCGAGGAUGCACACAUCGUCUGCCAAGCCAGUCUGCCAAUGUGGAAAGUACAAGAUUGGAUCAUUCACAAUCAAGUGCGGCCAAUGCCAGCAUCCACACCACGACCUGUGCGCACCAGACUACUCCCUCAACGAUGUGCGCCAACAAGAAUGGCUAUGCGUAAGGUGUCGCAUCAUCAAUCAAAUUGGCGCGUACGAGCCACCUCAACAGCAACCACUUCAGACGAGCGCCAAGACAGCCUCAAAGAAGCCACUGAGCAAGCGCAAGAAGGGCAAGGCUUCUAAGAAGGUCGAGCAGGAGCCAAUGGAUGAGGACGAGCACGAGCUCACACCUCCCCAUGCCAACAACAACAAUGAGACGACGGUAACAUCAGUUGGUGACUUCAAUGUGUUGAUCCAGUUGCUGCUCAACUACCUUCAGUCCAAUUGCCAGCAGGGCGGCGAGGCGUGGCUGGUGACAUCCAAGCACUUCCUGAUCACAUCAUGGAUCGACAGCGAGUUUGUUAGUUCAAAGCUCUCUGUCAAGAGCAAGCAGUACAUCUUGUCGCAGUGGGAGCCUGAGGAGGGCUUCUCUGCGGCCAACAAGUGCUACACGAUCAGCCCAGACAUGGCCAUCAAGGCUUACCGUCUGCUGUCCGUGCACAUCAAGGCGUCGCUGUUCCAGAUCGUCAACGAGCUGCUGUACAACCUGCUGUCGGUGCUGUUCGACCCGUCCAAGACGGCGCGCGCCAAGGCCAUGAAGUCGUUCUCGACCAUCGUCGAGGUGGACCCCUCGGUGCUGGCCGAUGAGAUUGUCCACGCGUCCAUCAAGAACCGCUUCAGCGACGACGCUAUCUCUGUGCGCGAGCACACUGUCGACCUGAUCGGCAAGUACAUAUUGCUAAAGCCCGAGCUGACCUGGGGCUACAUCGACCUGAUCGCCGAGAGGAUCGCCGACAAGGGUAUCAGCGUGCGCAAGCGCGUCGUCAAGACACUGCACGACGUCUGUCUGGCACACAUCCAGCAUCCCAAGAUACCCUACAUCUGCAAGAUCCUGGUGGGUCGUAUCUCGGACGAGGAGUCCAUCAAGGAGCUGGUGGUCCAGACGUUCAAGGACCUGUGGUUUGGCGAUCACGAUCAGACCAUCGAGCAAAAGACCAAGCAGAUCGUCGAGGUCGUCAAACAACUGAACCAAGACGAUUGGUUCGUAGACUUGAUCCACAAGCUGAUCGACCCAGGCAAGCAGCCAGCCAACAAGCGAGCCACCAAGCAACAAAAGAGUGCCGAGUCCACCUUUGCCAUUUGCCAGUCCGUCUGCUCCCACCUUGUCGAUAUGUUGAUAUCAUUUGAUGAGAAGCGGAGGACAAAGGAAUUCCCAGAGUUCCUGGCAAUAUUCAAGUGUCUGAGGAUAUUCUGCAAGAUUGAUCCAAAGUUGUUGGUCUCAUACAUCAAGGUGUUGCAUCCCUAUAUCAAGCUCUCUGGCAAGACUGUUGGAACUGAGGAGACAAAGGUGUACAUCACUAUUGUGUAUAUAAUCCAAAAGGUUAUACCAUUGAUCGAGAAUGUUGACACAACAUUCUUGACAGCACUGGAGAAGGACUUGUUAUAUUUGAUCUCGAGCCAGGGAUCACUAUUGGUCAGAUCAUGUAUCAAAUGCCUCUGUACAAUAGUGCAAUCGACCAGUUACAAUUAUAGGAUCAUCGAGGAGGAGCUGUGCAGGAAUCUGAUGACUCUGCAGUUCUGUGGUAACAAGCCAAAGUCUGAGAUAUUGCGCGCGCUCUACAUCACCGGCCUGUACGUGCGCUACUUUGACUUUGAGAAGCACGACAGAUUCUCGGUCACCGUCCACGACAGUCUCAAGUUUGAGGAGCUGGGCGUGGUAAUGACGACCAUUCCCAUCAUCUCCAAGCUGUUCACGUACACCAAGGACAAGGACGUCAUCUCCAAGUCGGUCGAGUCCAUUGGCAACAUCAUCAUCUCCUCACCAGUGAUACUUAACAAGGAUUCGAUACGCAGUGUCAUCUCACAAUCACUCUCAUCGCCAGAGAGCAAGAUCAAGGAGACAAUAUUGCGUGUCUAUCUCAAGUUGCUCAAGAAGGAAGGCAAGUCACAUCGCGGCAACAACAGCAGCAAGAAGGAUGUCACUACCUCAACAUCUGAGUCAGAGGACAUGACCACAGACAAUGAUGAGUCGUCCGAGGACACCAAGGCCAAGGCGGACAAGAAGAGGGCCCCAAUCAUCUCAAUGCAGAUCGACAUCCAUGGAGAAUCAUUGGUGUCAUCGAUACAGAAGUACUUUACAACGAUAUGCAAGCUACUUCUAGACACUGAUCAGACUGUUAGAUUGUGCGCCAUCUCGACUGUGGAGCUCAUUGUACAACAAGGCAUUAUCAAUCCAUUGGAGGCAGUUCCAGAGAUCAUCACAUUGGAAACGGAUGCCAAUCCAGCGAUUGCAGACAUUGCACACAAGACCCUGGUCCACAUCAAUCAGAAGCAUUCAUCAACACUCUUCAAGAGGGUCGUUGAGAGUUUGAAGCUAUGUUUCAUGUUCCACAUGUCCAUUGGAACCAAAUCACCUUACAACAAUGUCUCAAAGGGAUUGUGCAAGUUCUAUAUGCUCUUUAGACAUCUAAAGGCUCAACGAACGACGUUCAUCCAACAUAUCAUGUCUCAGUUCGACUCAACACGAUCAUAUCGCCACAAGGAUUUGGAGUACUAUCGAUUCGUUGUGGAGCUGUUGGCCUCAUUGCCCUACAACAACAUGGAUGAGAUAUUCGAGAUCAUCGUCUCGAUUGACAAGAUCGUGUCGCUGGAGGGCAGCUCCAUCUUAUCAGACAUCCAGACGGCACUGGGCAAGAAGAGACGUGACUCGGUGUCAGAGACACAGCUACUGGGUUACUUUGUCUCGUCGCAAGUGGUCACACUGCUUGUGGAGUUAAAGCAGUUCCUCAUCCAGACGUACGACAUCAACAAGGAGCGUGCCACAGCAUUCCUUGAGAACACGGCCAAGAACGCAGACAAGCUGCAGAUCUCACUUCCAGACUCGAUCACAUUCACCAAGACCAACUAUCCAUUCUCAACUUUCCCUGCCGAGGACGACCUAAAGGACGAGGACACUCAGAAGAAACUGUUUGUAUCGUUCAAGUCAAUGAUGAAGUCGGACAAUGUUGACUUCUCCACAAUCAGCGAGGCAAAGAAGCAGACCAAGAAGCGCAAGUCAACCAAGAAGUAA